AGUUCUCCUCCAUGCAUUAGGGUUUUUUCCGUUUUCAAUAUAAUUGUCUCGCAGAAUUUCAUCUCAAGUUUUUAUUUUGAUUCAACAUAUGCACCAGAACAAUGUACCCAUCUAGAGGGAAUAAUGCAUAUGGGGGGCAGCAGUCAUAUGGUGGUCAAUCUGGAUAUGGCCAAAACGGUUAUGCUGCAAGUUCUGUUGGGGGUCCUGAUGGGGGAUCUCAACUUUCCAUGGCUUCUCGGCAUUCCUCAAUUCUAGGUAGUUCUCAGGGAGCAGAGGUUGGUACAUAUAGAACCCAUCCAUCUGCUGCAGCUCAUUAUGGGGGCCAAUAUAACUCCAUAUAUAGUUCAGCUACAUUAGGCAGCACUCAGCAGGUUCCUGCAAUAAAUGCUAAAGGCAGUGCACCAUCAACUUUGGAAGGCCGUUCUGUUUAUGCUUCUGCUGUGACAGAUUCACCUAAAUUCACAUCUAGUGAUUAUGUCUCAUCAUCAAGUCAUGGUUAUAGUCACAAAGGUGAUCAAAUGUAUGAAGAAAAGAUUCCUGACUAUCCCACAGUAGAGAGAAGACAAUUUGGUGAACGACAGAGUGGUUACAUAGGGAGGGACUUGCCAAGUGAACCAGCUGGCUGUUAUGCUGAUUCCAUUGGUUUUGGUCAUCAGCAUCAGUCUGACAUAUAUGAUCGUGUUGAGCAAGCAGUCCUACUACGACGAGAACAAUUACUUAAAGCUCAAUCUGCUUCCCUUGAUGGGGGUUUGAGACAAGCUGAUUAUCUUGCAGCAAGGGGCGCUGUUAGUCGUCAUACCAUUCAAGAGCUUAUGCCUUAUGGAGGAAGAAUGGAUGCAGAUCCUCACAGUGUAUCAACGCUUAGUUCUUCUUCCUAUAGUGGACAACAUGCUCCGUCCAUUUUAGGUGCCCCUCCACGAAGAAAUGCGGAUGAUCUCAUGUAUCCUCCAAGUUCUGCAAAUCCGGGUUAUGGAGUGAGCCUACCACCUGGUAGGGACUAUGGUUCAAAAGGGCUGCAUGCUUCUCUUGAUUCUGAUUAUCUUGGUAGUGCAUUAUCACGUGGUGGUCAUCCUAGGAUUGAGGAGCACAAAGAUGAGAGGGUUGGUUAUCUCAGGGAGUUCGAGUUGAGAGAGGAGGAGCGUCGUCGGGAACAUUUACGUGAAAGAGAGAAAGAAAGAGAGAGGGAGAAAGAGCGGGAAAGGGAAUGGCUACGAGAAAGAGAACGAGAACGAGAACGAGAGCGGGAACGCCUACGCGUAUUGGAGCGGCGGGAGAAGGAGAGAGAGCGGCAAAAGGAGAAAGAGCGGGAGAAGGAGAAGGAGAAGGAGAAGGAGAAGGAGAAGGAGAAGGAGAAGGAGAGAGAGCGAGAGCGCAAACGUGCACUUGAAAUUAAGCGGGAAAGGACUCCACUAAGAUCUAGGGACCUUCGUGGUUCCUCUUUGACCAAGGACAUUCGACCCUUGCGAAGAGAUUCCCCGCGUCGUGAAGCUUUGCAUAGGCGUCAUUCACCUGUUAAAGAAAAAAGGAGAGAAUAUGUUUGCAAGGUUAACUCAUCCAGUUUGGUUGAAGUUGAGAGGGAUUAUUUGUCUAUAGAUAAGCGAUAUCCCAGACUUAUUGUUUCUCCUCACUUUACCAAGGUUGUUGUGAAUUGGCCAAAGGAAAACCUUAAUCUCUCUCUCCAUACUCCUGUCAGCUUUGAACACAAUUUCAUUGAAGAAGAUGGUUUACCUGAGGUGAAAGCACUCUGCAGCAACCUUUUUCCAGAAGAAACUGUAAAAUCUGAACACAAAAGUACAGUUUGGAAUGCAAAGAUAGUUUUGAUGAGUGGACUUAGCAAGAGUGCUGUGGAGGAGCUGUCAUCAGAAAAAUUUGCUGAUGAUCGAAUACCCCACAUUUGCAAUAUUUUAAGGUUUGCUGUUCUUAAAAGGGAUCACUCCUUCUUGGCAAUUGGAGGACAAUGGAAUGCUGUUGAUGGUGGUAACCCAUAUGAUGAUGACUCCUCACUUAUUCGAACGGCUCUUAGGUAUGCAAAAGAUGUAACCAAUCUUGAUUUGCAAAGUUGUCAAAAUUGGAAUCGAUUUCUUGAGAUACACUAUGACAGAGUUGGCAAGGAUGGGCUUUUUAGCCAUAAAGAGGUUACCGUGCUGUUUGUUCCAGACUUAUCUGAAUGUCUCCCUUCCCUUGAUCUAUGGCGAGCCCAGUGGCUAGCUCAUAAGAAAGCUCUUGCUGAUAGAGAACGCCAGCUUUCCUUGAAAAGAGAGAGAAGUCGAGAGAAGAAAGAAGGAUCUAAAGACAAGGGUAUUGAUUCCUCCAAAGAGCUUGAUAGAGGCAAAUCAGAGUUGUCUACGUUGUCUGGACAGGGAACAGCUGUUGACAAGGAAGAGAAAGGUGGCAACUGCAUUGAAGGGGAUGCAAUUGUGGGAAAGGGUGGUGGGAGUGACAAUAAAAUUGAGAUAAAAGAUGGCAACAAAAAUGAUGCAGGAGUACAAGGUUCUGAAAAAGGGGAACAGGGAGAAGGUUCUAUUACUCAGUCCACUGGCAGCAAGAAAAGGCCUGUGAAGAAGAAAAUAGUAAAAAGGAUUGUCAAACAGAAAGUUGCUAAUAAGAUAGUAGAUGCAGUUAAUGCUGCCAGCAAGCAAAAUGACAAGAUGGAUGAGGAUGUUGGUGAACAAAAUGCUCUAUCAGAGAUUUCUGGUCAACAAGAAGAACCUUCUGAUCAUGCUGUGGAUGUAACAAAAUCAGUUGUGGAAAAGGAGGCAGUUGGUGAUGAAAUUUCUCGAAGUGAAGAUAAUAGCAGGCCCCCAGAGAUGAAAGCUGAAAUGGAGUCCUCAGAAAAUAAACCAAAGGAUAGUUCAGAUCCAAGCAGUUCUGUUGCUGCAAAGAAAGUGGGUGGAAAAACAACUAUAAAGAAGAAAAUUAUUAAGCGGGUACCUAAAAGGAAAGUUACUGCUACUCAAGCUAGUGAUGGAGUUGACACCAACAAAGAUGGUGAUAAGGAUGAGGUAAAGGUAGGUCAAGAUGGAAAUGAAACUGAGAAUAAAGGGAAGCAAACGGUCCUCGAGAAACAAGCUAGUGCUGCCGAUUCAAGCAAAUUGGAAAGCAAAGCUGAGAAGACUGAGAAGGUAGCUGCUGUGGAAUUGGUGGCUGACAAGCAGAGUGGUAAAUCUAAAGGGAGCAUCAAGUCAAAAGAUGAGAAAGUGAAAGUCAUUGAUAGGAAAGAUGAGUCAAGAAGCAAUUCUAACAAAGAAUUGAAAGAAAAGAAAAAAUCUGAAGAACUUCCCAGGCAUCCUGGGUUGAUUCUACAGAUGAAAGGUAGCAAGGAAUCUAAGUUGCAAUCAUUGUCGCUUUCACUAGAGUCACUCCUGGACUAUACAGACAAGGACAUUGAAGAAUCAACAUUUGAGCUUUCUUUAUUUGCGGAGACACUGUAUGAAAUGCUUCAGUAUCAAAUGGGUUGCCAUCUUUUAACAUUUCUCCAGAAACUACGAUUGAGAUUUGUGACCAAAAGAAACCAACAGAAGAGGCAACGGGAAGAGAGUGAGAAGGGAAAUGAAAAUUUGUCACCGGCAAAACAUUUGAGGACCAGUGAGCUUCCUGUGAAAAAUGAAUCCACUAAAUCUGAGACACCACCUGCAGCUCAGAAAAAUGAUGAACAAACUAGGGCCAAGGAAGAAACUACUGUUGAUCAUGUCAAUGAGGCAAAAACAAAAGAUGAGGCAGAUGAUGAACCAGAGGAAGAUCCUGAGGAAUAUGAAGUGGAAGAUGAAAGUCCACAAGAUAACUCUUGUAACGAGAACAAGGAAGGGAAGACAGAUGUAGAUCCUGAGCCUGAAAGGCUGAAUGGCAAUGAAAAGUACGAGGAAUCUAUAGAGGACAAAGUCACAACAAAAGUAGCCGAGAAAGAGCCCCAGCCUGAUGGAGAUGCAUCUGCUAAAAUAGGGCCAGUGAUCAAUACAGGGAAGAAAGAGGAAAGCGUGGAUAAGGAAAGCGUGGAUAAGGAAUUAUUACAGGCUUUUAGGUUUUUUGAUCGGAAUCGAGUUGGCUACAUUAGGGUUGAAGAUUUGAGGUUGAUUAUACACAACUUGGGGAAAUUCCUCUCUCACAAGGAUGUCAAGGAACUAGUCCAAAGCGCAUUAUUAGAGAGCAACACAGGAAGGGAUGAUCGCAUUCUAUACAAUAAGCUGGUUAGAAUGUCUCACAUUUGAGAUUAAGAUUGUUGUUAGGUCUACUUUUGUUUUGGAUCAACAGAAGAGAUGGAUUAUGAACAAAUUUUCUAUUGGCAAAUGUGUGAAAGAAGUAAAAUAUAGUAGGGCUUUUUUCUAUUUUUAAUUUUGAUUUUGUGCUGCAUGGAUACAAGAACAAGAAAUCGAAUAAAUGUUUGUUAUGAAUGUUUUGCAUCACUUCACUGGUAGACAAAGCUGGUAUUUCUAUAACGAGGAAGUGUCUUAUAGUCUGAAUUGUUUCAAACAGUAAAACAUUAACUUUUAG